UGCUAUACAGAAAAAUCUGACUUAUUAAGAGGAACCAAUUCAUGGCUAUCAAGAGCUGGAUUAGAUACUUACAACUUGUGUAUUUAUUAUCAGGGUCUAUUUAAGGUGCAGGUCAGAAUUAAAUCGAAAUAUAAAUGUUUAAUUGGCAUUAACUUUUGCAUUACAAGCUAAUAAGUGUCUCGUUUUGGUUUCUCACCGUGUAAUUAUUGUUUUUUACUUGUCUCAUAAAUGAACUAGAUGUCUAUGAUAUCCUCUUACAAUUAAGUGUUUAUUUACAUACCAUUUUUUGAAUGCAUUGUUAUAUCUUCAAAUCAUGUUUGACUGGGUACAAGUGUCAAAGGACAUACAAAUGUGUUUCCUUUCAGUUGUAUGUUUUCUACCGGAUGUCAGUUUUGUUUUGUAUAACUAGCCGAAUGAAUGCAGAGGCCGUCAAUACCGCGCAUGCGCAUUAUUGUCGGCUGCUAGCGCUCGCCAUUUUGUGGAGCAUUUAUCUGGGAAUACACAGAUAUUUAUGAUUUUUUUCACAUUAGGGUACAGUGUUACUAUCGUACGUGAAAUAAACACUUAGGUUCUCUAUCAUGGGUGACUCGUCGUCGGAUAUUGAUGUUCCAGAAGGUUGCGAAGUUCGCAAAUUAUCUGAGUUGAGAGUUAUCGGCUUGAAGGCCGAAUUGAAGAAACGAAACCUAGACACUACAGGCAUCAAAAGCGUCCUUUCGGAGCGUUUGAAAAAGGCUAUUGAGGAUGAAGGUGGAAAUCCAGAGGAGAUUUAUGUGGCUGCUGAGCCAACUAUGAAGAAGACCCCUAAGCGGGCCACAAAAGCAGAUGCCAGGCUGGACAGCGAAGAACGAGAAGAAAGCAUGUUGGGAGAGGAUUCCCAUGAUGGCCAGGAAGAACAUGAGAACAUGCAGGACAUGAGCAUCUUCGACAUGAGCGUUGUAGAUGAGGCCGACAAUGAUAAUGGAAUACCAGCAGAGGUGGAAGAGGACAAAAUGCAGGACUCUGAGGAGCUCUGUGACGAAGAUGAGUUAUUGCAGGACACUGUGGAACAAGACAAAGAGAAGAUGGGGUUGGACGAUGCAUCGCCAAGUGAUGAAAAGUCCGUGUCUGAGCUGCUGGAUAUUGACAUGACAAGCACUUCUCCUAAUAUGGCUCCGGAACCAGACGCAGAUGACCCCAAGGAGGAAACAGAAAAUGAAAAAGUAGCCGGGUCUUGUUUAUCUGAGCCACUUAACGAAGAUCCCCAAGAGAGCCAUGAGGAGACCCCCGAAGAAGAGCCAGCCGGACCCCCGGGAGGACAAGACGAUGCGUGCGACGACGCUGCCAGGACCGACGAGGCCGCCCCCGGGCAGGUGGCGGGGGACCCAGAGGUCACAGAGGUCACAGAGACUGAUGUUGAGGGGGUUGGGGACAGUCACGUUGUCCCGGGACAGACAGUCGAUGCGCAGAGCGAAAGCACUCAGGCCGUUAGUGUAAACGAACAGGGGGCCGCGGGCGAAACGGUUGGUUCAGAAACGGGGUCUAAGAAGGGUGAGGAGGAAGAGAAGAAGACUGACGAGAACGCUUCAGCAGAUGCGUCCUCUGCAGCCAAAGAGUCCUCUACUGUAGAGGGCGAUGAUCAGAAAAAGAGUUCUGAGGAGAAAGAGGCCAACACGGAGACAAAAGCUGCUGCUGGAGCUAAUGUUGCAGCAGGGGCUAGCAGGAAUCUCUGGGUCAGCGGCCUCUCCUCCACGACCAGAGCGACUGAUCUGAAGACCCUCUUCAGCAAGUAUGGCAAGGUGGUCGGUGCCAAGGUGGUGACCAACGCCAAGAGCCCUGGAGCCCGCUGCUACGGCUUCGUCACCAUGUCCUCCAGCGACGAGGCCACCAGUUGCAUCACCCACCUGCACCGGACGGAGCUGCAUGGCAAGAUGAUCUCCGUGGAGCGGGCGAAAAAUGAGCCCGCGGGGAAGAAGCCAGCUGACCCCAAGAGCACUGUCGCUGAGAGAUGUAAUUCCACAGACUCUAGGUCUGAGGGCAAAGACGAGAAGUCGGAGGGUGAAGGGAAAGAUGGCAAAGGUCUCGAGAGGACGGUGGUCAUGGACAAAUCUAAAGGAGAGCCAGUCAUCAGCGUAAAGGCUAAAAGCAAAAGCAAGGAGCGUAGCUCCAAGAGCCGCGACCGCAAGUCCGUCAGCAAGGAGAAGAAGGACAUCCUGUCGUUCGACCAGAUCAAGGAGCAGCGGGAGAGGGAGCGCCAGAGACAGCGGGAGAGGGAGAUCCGAGAGGUGGAGAGGCGCCGGCACACGGGGGAGGCUAAUCUUUCUCCGUCGGGGCCGUUUAGCGACCGUGAUCGGGACGGUCGCACGGAGCGCGAGCGCAUCCGUCAGUUCCGCGAGCGGGAGGAACGGGAGCACCUGAUCCGCAAGAGGAACUGGCUGGAGGUACGCCCCCCCUCAUCGGUGGAGAAGCAGCGUUUGGACGCCGACCGCAUGGAGCGGCAGUUCCUGGAGCGGGAGCGGCAGCGCAUCGAGUUUGAGCGCCGGCGGGAGCAGGAGCGGAUCCAGCGGGAGCGCGACGAGCUGCGCCGGCAGCAGGAGCAGCUGCGCUUCGAGCAGGAGCGCCGCUCCACCAAGAGGCCCUACGACAUGGACGGCAGGAAGGACGACUGGCCCGAGAAACGCAUGAACAUGGACGACCGCUACAACCGCUCGGACACCAGCCGCACGGAGCGCUACCAAGACUUCGACCACCGGGACCGCAGCCGUUACCAGGACAACGGGAUGGCUGACCGGCGAGACAACUCGCGUGCCGUUGGCGGAGACAGAGAUGGCCCGCAGUUUACAGAUCGGUCGGAUCGAAGCACAGGCGGCAGAGAAGGGAGAGACAGCUGGAGCGGAGGAUACGACAAGCGAAUCAACCCCAGGGAGGGAGCACGCGACUGGGACUCGGGUCGGAAGAUGGACAAUGACAGAACAUGGCAAAAUCGAGAUGGUGCCAUCCCUGGACAGUCCCACAUGGCACGGGGAGGAAUGGCUAGUCGUGGGGGCUACAUCAACACAGGCACCUCCCAGUCUCUCUCUGGAGCUCUGAACCGACAGAACCAGAUGAUGCAGGGCAGCGGUCUGCAGAGCGGGGCCUUCGGACGCCGCUACUAACCACAGGCGACGGGGCGAGCGUGCAUGUUGGACCCUCUUUCUACUCUCAAAGAUGAGCAUUUCGUUUUCCCGUCAGCAAGCGAAGACUUGAUAUUCAUGUUUUUUUUUUUGUUGUUUUUUUCUGCGCGUGUUUAGAAGGAGGCCGUGGUGUGCGGUUCUGAGAACGCUGAGAACUUUCUGUUUGAAGAGCUUCCCUGUGUCUCGCGACCAGUUUGUUCUUGUGUUGGGAAAGCCCGGCCACAUGUCUCUGGUCAGCUCUGGUCUUCUGGUUUGUUUUCAGUAUUCCAAGGACAGAUGUCAACUGUUGAUUAUCUCUCUCAAAGUUCUGUUUUUAAGUCUACCUUUUCUGUGCGACUUUCUGUAAGAAAAUGAAAGGCGGAUUUUGACAGUUUUUAAAUAUUUUUCUCAUCGCAGAUUGAUAGCAAGUGCUUGUUACACUAAUUUCUUUUGACAUUUUAUUUUAUUGUGGCAUUCAUGCACGCGCUCUUUGAGGGUAUUGCUGAACUUAAUAUGUGGUAAAUGAAUUGUGUCGUCCUUUUGACUCCAAUUUUCUGUAUGAACAACAAUGUAUUUGUUUUUGUAUAUAAAGACUCGCUCUCUUAAUUGCUAUUGCUACUUCUGCUCCGUUCCCUGGUUUUCUACCACACUCACCGGACAUAUAACCUUGGUGAAGUAGUAUCAAGUGAAAGGCAGAACAAAUGUAGGAUUAUGUUGCCAGCCACAUUAAACAAUGCAUAUUUUACAUUUAUCUUUUGUAUUGGAUCGACUGCUUAUGUUUAUUGGCCGUACAAAUGUUUGAUGGAGGGUUGCUUUAAUGACUGACAUUCUUCUUUUUUGUGUUCACAUUGUCCAGCCGGAUCCUACACAGUUCCUAUUUGCUGUGUGGGAAUCUGAGUUGUAGACUGCCUUAAGCACAAUAUUAUGAAAAACUCUAGGUCUAUUCACCUUAUUUUCAUAUGAAGCAUUGGUUUUGUAAUACACUUCUACUUUUCGCUCCUUUCACUUAUCUAUAUACUUCUAAAAAGGGAAAGUAACUAAUUUCACUUCUCCAACUCGAUCAAUGUGGUUCCUUUUUAAGUUGUUCCUCUUUCGCAUGGUCUAUGGUCUGUUGUCCGAGCAACAGUGGAUGGGGUGCAAGUCAAAUCCACACCAAACAUGUGUAGGAUAUGUCAAUAAAAAAAAAAAUUAGGCAACCAUUUGAACAUUUUGCUAAUUUUAUUUUCCUGACGAGUAUUGGAAAAUCGUACAAUCUAGGUUUCUGGUGGCUGGCCUACCCAGUCAGACUUUAAAAAGAUUGAUAAAUAUUUAACUUAACUAUUAGUAAAGUGUUCCAUAGCACUUUUUCAUGAGUUGGAUCACAACAUUUAUGGAUAAAAAAGUAAACUCUAAAUUGUGCCCGCCACGUUGUCAGAAUAUACAAAGCCACCAGGGGGAGGAAGGGCCUCAAAUACAGCAUAUUCUUCUAGCGCAACUGGAUCUGGAGACAGCGCUAGUAUCCGACGAAGUGAUACAAGAUAGCAGAUAUUGUAUUAUAUAAACAUAAUACAUUCCAUUAUGCCAGAAAGAUACUUUGAAAGGAAUAAACAAAUCCAAAUUCUAGAUUUAGAAAU